AUGCGGUACCUAGCCGACACCGCUCUGUUCAAUCACGCGGUCAUCACGACGUCGACCACAUCGGUGACCGUGCGAUCUUACAUUGGCGCGCCCGUCAUCACGACUACGCUCGACUCGGUCGCAGUCGAGCCGACCAGCGACCCCGAGACGGCGGCCCGCCAUACGUCAGCUCAAUCGAACCGCCAAACGCCUCUCAAGGUAGUUCGCGACUUCUACUCCAUGGGCCGAUCCCCAGCGGUCUGCCUGGAUCCUCUCGCUCCCACAAACGUGCAGUUCUUUCGCCUCGUCAAGCGCAGGGCCAUCAGGAGGGGCUGCCUCCGGCCACCGCGUCCAGGGACGACGUCACUCGUAGUUGUGAUCGCGUACGACCGUCGUCUCGGCUCCCGCAGUCCUGCCGUGAACCUGAAGAACGCGAUUCUCGACGACGCGGUGCAGGAGCUGGCCGUCGUCUUCCGUCCCGCCGUGGGUGGCGAGAAGCCCAAGCGCAGUUUGCAGACCAUGUCUACUCUCGGCAUGCCGAGUACCGUGUUUGAGCACAUCCCGAGGCUCCUCGGCCUCAAUAUGAACGGCAGGCGCAAGAUAACGGUCGUCGGCCUCGAGAAGGUCCCGUCAAACUGGAUGGGCCACUCGCACGGUCUAUCCCCCGCCGCACUGCUGAGCCGCACCACCGCCGAGAUCGAGGGCGUCGCGAUCAGGGCGUCGCGAUCAGGGCGUACCUCGAACGUCACGGACACGCGAUGCCCGACGACGAGAAGCGCAAGGGCAAGGAGCUGCUCAAGUUCAUGA